AUGCGCGGGGUUCUCUGCGUGUUAUUAUUCGGGGUGUUUCUGCCAUUUUCGGGUGCUCAAAGGUUCCGUGGGUCGAGGCGGAUAAUUCGGAGGCUUGAUUUAGGCAGACCUUCUCUGGAUUUUUCAGUAGCAGGCGGUCCCGAAACAGUGCUUGGAAAUCGACCCUCGACUUUUGACUCGGUCCCUAUUGAAACUGUAAGAAGUGUUCGGGUUCGGAAUGCUCGACCUCGGUCCGGAUUGAAAAUUCACUCUGGUGGGACUUUUAAUGACCUUGGAAGAUCAGAUAGUGUCGUAAACUCAAGAGGUUUUCAAUUAAGCAGUGACUCUAUAGAUCGCAGGAGGUCCUUUUUUUCUAGCAUUAACAAUGUGCAACAAGAAAUUACAAGAUCAAGACCAUCUACAGUAAUUAAUUCACGAAAAGUUCAAUCUGGCUUUCCGGAACGGCAAACAGGAAAUGACGUCAGAAAUCAACAAUCAGCGCAAGGGAAUCAUAUAGUUAGAGAGAUGCAACUAUUAAACUCUUUACUUAAGGAACAAAGUUCGUCUAUAAAUUCUGGUGUUGAGCGUGGACGAGAUCAGUCAAGCCGCACUCGUGGACUCACUGAGUUCGGUACUUUGUCCAGUGAUGUCCAAGGAAAUGUGAAUGACCGUCAUCUUACCCUUACCCCAGAAUCCUCUCGUUUGUCAUCAGUCCAGAGUGGUUCUCAAUUUCAACCAAAAAUCGUGGUUCUACGAAACCAGAACUCCGCUAAACCAUUGAAUGUUCAGAUCGGGAAUACACGGGUUGAAGUACUUGGUGACCAGCGAGACCCUAGCUCACAGCACUUGAUUCAGACACUUCGAGAUACCCUGGUAUCCUCAGGAAGCAGAGUUAAUAAUAAUCAAGUAAACUCAAUACCUAACAGUUUUCCGAACGCUAAUCAAAAUGUUCCAAAUAGUAGCUCUAUUCAAGACCUUCUCAACCAACUCCAGACAGCUUCGGUUACAUCAGCACAAUCUAACGCAAAUCACAAUGACCCGAACACAAAAUUGAUGCAUGAUCUUAUCAAUCAACUCCAGGGUUCCUCAGGUUCCUCUACACACUCUAACAGUAAUCACAAUUCUAUUGCUGCAGCUCUUCCGGGUCCUGCUAUAAUUAAUAACGCUCGGCUUCCUGUGACAACCACAGCUUCACCAGUUCCCAUGGUAACCACCCCUUUGACUCCUUCAGAAGCACUAAGGCAGAUUCUAGGACCUGGUGUGUCCGAUACGUUAGUGAAACAGAUGGCACAGGAUAUACUUCCGCCGGAACUACAGAGACUGGAUGCCAUUUUGACAGGUCAAGGUCAAACAUCAAAUACCAUCAAUAAAAAUACAAACACCGGAUUUUUAAAAAUAGGAAACCAGACACAUACUUUCGAUGUAGGCAGUACUAAAAAGAUAAAAAUAAUACAUGACAAACAUGGUCCACGUGCAUCUGUGACGUCAGUAAAUAACGGAAGUGGAAUUAUAAGACACUCCAUGGUCACGGAAGAGCCAUUGGAAUAUGAUGAAAUUUUAUUACGAAAAGUGCUGCAGAAAAUGAAUGGUUGA